GCAGGGCUGGUUGUACAGCAAGACCAGCGUGACCCUCGGCUGCCUCUGUGCUUAUCGAGUGAUAUCCUGAGCAAAGGUCGGGCUGGGGCCGUUUAUCCCAGGGCCUCCUGCCCUCCCUCAUAGACCCAAUAAAAGUUAAACAAGCUUUUUUGUUUAACCCGGGUGCUGUGGGUACCAUGCCACAGGCAGCGGGGUAACCCGCUCUGCGUGCCCGGGGCUGUACCCUGCUCCUGCUUUCCCCGCUCCCCCCGAGGGCCGUGUUUACUCAGGCCCUUCCUGCCGGACAGGGAAUUUAUUUCCACAUGUGCUGGAGCAGCGGAAGGGAGGGUUCUGCAGGGGUUUGGCGGUGGUGUUGCUCAUGUCGGUGUGUUUCCCAUCUCCUGAUCUCUCCGGGAGGGCGAGAAGCCGCACUAAGCUGCGGCUCCAGCCUGCCGCACCUUCUGGACGAGGAACCGGCUUCCCGCCGGUCCGGGGAUGCUUUUCCUGCAGCUGGAGGUACCGGUACUACCAGAACGUCUGCGCCCAGAGCUACUCCUUCGCCUGGUGGGACUGGACGCGAUGGGAGCGGGAGAUCGACUGGAUGGCGCUGAGCGGCAUCAACCUGGCACCGGCUUUCGCGGGGCAGGAGGCGGUCUGGCAGCGGGUUUACCGUAACCUGGGGCUCAACCAGUCGGAGAUCGACAAGUACUUCACGGGCCCUGCGUUCCUGGCAUGGAACAGGAUGGGCAACCUCCGCCGCUGGGCCGGGCCGCUGCCGCCCGCCUGGCACUUCAAGCAGCUCUACCUGCAGUACCGGAUCGUGGAGCGGAUGCGCUCGCUGGGGAUGACCACGGUACUGCCGGCCUUCGCUGGCCACGUGCCGCAGGGGAUCCUCCGGGUCUUCCCCCGUGUGAAUGCCACUCGCCUGGGGCACUGGAGCCACUUCGACUGCACCUACUCAUGCACCUACCUGCUGGACCCAGAGGACCCCAUGUUCCAGGUGAUUGGGACCCUCUUCCUGAAGGAGCUGAUCAAGGAGUUUGGUACAGACCACGUCUAUAGCGCAGACACCUUCAACGAGAUGACUCCCCUUUCCUCCGACCCUGCCUAUCUCUCCAGAGUCAGCAAUGCUGUUUUCAGGUCAAUGACAGGAGCUGACCCCAAGGCACUCUGGCUGAUGCAGGGCUGGCUCUUCCAGCACCAGCCUGACUUCUGGCAACCAGCACAGGUGCGGGCCCUGCUGCACGGAGUGCCCCUUGGCAGGAUGAUUGUUCUCGACCUCUUUGCCGAAUCCAAGCCCGUCUACCAGUGGACAGAGUCCUUCUAUGGGCAGCCCUUCAUCUGGUGCAUGUUGCACAACUUCGGAGGCAACCAUGGUCUCUUUGGCACCGUGGAGGCCAUCAACCACGGCCCCUUCGCAGCUCGGCGCUUCCCCAACUCCACCAUGGUGGGCACGGGGCUGGUUCCCGAGGGCAUUGAGCAGAACGACAUGGUGUACGAGCUGAUGAACGAGCUGGGCUGGCGGCAGGAGCCCCUGGACCUGCCCAGCUGGGUCACCCGCUACGCCGAGCGCCGCUACGGCGCCCCAAACGCUGCCGCAGCCGACGCCUGGCACCUGCUCCUCCGCAGCGUCUACAACUGCACCGGCGUCUGCGUCAACCACAACCGCAGCCCCUUGGUGCGCCGGCCCUCGCUGCGCAUGGACACGGAGCUCUGGUACAACGCCAGCGAUGUCUACGAGGCCUGGCGCCUGCUGCUGAGCGCUGGUGCCGAGCUGGGCUCCAGCUCUGCCUUCCUCUACGACCUGGUGGACGUGACCCGGCAGGCAGCCCAGCAGCUGGUCAGCGAUUACUACCUGAGCAUCCGCCAGGCCUUCCAGAGCCACGCGCUGCCGGAGCUGCUGACGGCCGGUGGCGUGCUGGUGUACGACCUGCUGCCGGAGCUGGACAGCCUCCUGUCCAGCCACAGCCUCUUCCUGCUCGGCCGCUGGCUGGAGAGCGCCCGUGCCGCGGCCACCAGUGACCGGGAGGCUGAGCAGUAUGAGCUGAAUGCCCGGAACCAGGUGACGCUCUGGGGACCCAGCGGGAACAUUCUGGAUUAUGCCAACAAGCAGCUGGGGGGGCUGGUGUUGGACUACUACGCCGUGCGCUGGAGCCUCUUUGUCUCUGUGCUGGUGGAGAGCCUCAACUCGGGCCGCCCCUUCCACCAGGACCAGUUCAACCAGGCUGUCUUCCAGGUGGAGAGAGGCUUCAUCUACAACAAGAAGCGCUACCCAGCUGUGCCAGCUGGGGACACGAUGGAGAUCUCCAGGAAGCUGUUCCUCAAAUACUACCCCAGCGCCCUGCGGCGCAGCCUGGCUGGGCCUGCCUGACUUUGGGUUCUGCCUCCGGAGCCUCCCCCAGAGAGGGUGGACAGAGCCCCUGCACCCUCCCCUAUCUGGGUUCCUGGCUUGAUGGCUGUGUCCUGGAAGAGGGGCACAGUGGCCCUGGUGGCCCUCAGCCAGCCUGGAUCCACCCUUCCUCUGCAUGGGCAGGAUGUGCCCCCAGAGGGGCUGGCACACAGACAAGGGGCUGGCUGAUGGGUGGGGGGGAGGCUGUACCCCAGGGUCCCAUCCCACACCGUGCUCUGUGGUCAGCUCUGCCCCACUGCUUGCAGCUGGAAGCUUGGUGGGACAGGACAAAUGUGUCCCUGCUGUGGGACCUUGGCUGGCUAGCACGGGCAGUGAUGGGUGAGAAGCAGAUAGGGAGAUGGCAGUGGGCAGUGGGGCAGAGCAGCGUUGGAUCCAGUACCUGUGGGGAACAUGGCACUGCAUGGCCCUGCCCACAUUUGGUGCCUUUUGUAUCAUAAAAGACUCUGCAGCGUUGUUGCCUGCAGUGUCGCUGGAGCUGCGCUCCCCAGGAUGGAGUUUUUGAGGCCUUUUCCACAGCUGGAGCUUGGGCAGAACCCAGCUAUGGAGCAAAUACAAACUUUUCUCCCA